AGCUUCUCAUUGUCUUGGUUAGGGUCGUUCUUAAAGCCAUUUUAAAGUUUAUAAAGUGUGUUGUUAUGACUCACUUCGCUGCCUCCUUUGUGCAAUUUUAAAAGAAGGUUAAGCGGUAAAGUUAAGAUGACCACCAUCUGUCACCUCUGGACUCUCCUGAUAAUUCACAGCGUAUUUGUAUGUGGAGACAUUCAAUUCCUAGAGAGGGAGGAGGGUGAUUCAGUGGACUUUCCAUGUGCCAUGAAACCCCGGAACCCCUCUCCAUUCGGCUUCUACAUGAAGCGCACGUGGCUGCAUCCCGGCGAAGUGCUUUUCAAAUACACAGACACCGAGGCAGAUGUAAAAGACUCUGCCAACAUACAUCGCCUGGCGGUCAGAGGUGACCCCAACAACCAUUCCCUGACCGUCACUUUAUCUGAUCUGAGAGCCGACGACACUGACCGCUACUAUUGUGAGUUUGUGGUCGACAGUCGGUCUGAGGACAAAUCCGUGCCGGGAGACACGGAAUUUUUCCUCCUGGUUAAUCCCGCACCGACAACUACCGAGUACCCCCUCCCCGGUGCAUCAGUGGACAUCGGGCGCAUUGAUGUGUGCACGGGGGGCUCGGCCGUCGUCUCCUGUCUCCCCCCAAAUGGCGAGGACCUUCCGGUGGAGGGCGUGAGGUUGAUGCGGCGAAGAGGGCGAGCUCCUGUGGAGCUGCUUUACCACUCCCAACGGCACCUGGUCGAUGGGCCCACCGCCACCUCCCGAUUCCAGUUGUGGUCGGCCCCGGGCCCCAGGGGCUUCACGUACAACCUAACCCUGCGACAUCUACAGCCUGAGGAUAGCGGGCUGUACAGCUGCCAGCUCCUCCUCCGUGGCCGCCACGAUAUUAGCUCCUCGCUCCAUAUGAGACAAGCUGUCUUUGUUUCUGUGGAAGGAGGGUCAUGUGGGUGCUCCAGCUACCAGACUCUGCUGUACGCUCUGUCCUCGGCCGUGUUGGUCCUUCUAGUGUUCCUCGCUUUAAUACUCGUCUAUUACAAACGAGCACACAGCCGUGCCGCCUCACGCCCUGCGGCGCCCAUCUAUGAAGAGAUGUCAGGGGUGAAGACCCUCAGCGCUAAAAUGGAUGACAUUGAGGUGUCAGAAUAUCGCAACAACAAAGUGAAGAGAAAUUGCCCGGAAAACCAUUACGAAACUCCCAUUAGGUCGGCUUUCUAAAUAUCACUGGCUGCUUCUUAGUUUAUUUUUCUCAUUAACCCUACCUAGACAUUACCAAUGCAGUUAGUUUGGGAGAAUUUCAGUAUAAAUUUUAAAUCGGGUGCACUAGUAACUUUUUAUUCAGCUGUCUAGUUAAUUUUAAAGAUAAUCAUUUAGUUUUGACGUUUUUAGUGUCUUGUCUACUUGAGUUUUAUUUCAUUUACUAUUUGAUUUUAUUUCAAUGUGUACCGCACUUUUGUCAACAUUUGUAGUUUGAAAGUGUGAUCAGAAAUAAACGUGACUUUUUCUCCAAGAAA